AUGAGCGCACCACCUUCACCUACACUGUCCGAUUCCGAGCUCCUCGAUUCCCUCGAAGAUGCGGGAUUCGACCUUGCGUCCGACCGAGAGAGACGUAUAGAGGCUUUACAGAGGGAGAUCAAGCAAGUGAGGGACUUGAAGGAAAGCGAUAACGGACGGGUAGUCACUUUUAAUGAUGAGAAAUCGUUAAUUGAGAGGAUGUCGAAAGAACGUUAUUGCUUGUUACAUUUCUUCCAUAAUGAUUUUUCAAGAUGUAAGAUAAUGGACCAGAAAUUAUCCGACCUAGCACCUUCGCAUCCGCACACUCUAUUCCUUCGAGCAUCCGUCUCGGACGUUCCAUUCCUAGUGACAAAAAUGGCAGUACAGGUCUUACCGUGUGUGAUCUGUUUUGUAGAUGGGCGAGCGGUAGAUAGGUUGAUAGGGUUUGAGGAACUAGGAGACUCGGAUCAUUUUACCUCGAAAGUGUUGGAGUUCAGGUUAAAACAAUCUGGCGUCUUACCCUCGGACUUGAGUCUCGCCUCAAACCUAUCUUCUACACUCGUACCAACCAAGAAGGACGAUGAUGGAAAUUCAGACGACGAGGAUAGACUUAGUGGUGGAAGAGCGAGGAAAGGGAAAGUCGGGAUUAGGAAUGGGUUGUUCAACGGAGGUGACGAUGAUGAUUAUUAG